AGGAAACCAAUGAGUAACUUUAGUGCAUUUCAUAAUGAACUACAAGAAAUGACUAAACAUAGAGUAAGGGGAAAAAAAAAAAAAAAAAACACUUUUUAUGUCACAUGUUGUGAUUACAGUGACGCUGUUAAAAGUAGGGCUCAAAAGCAUGAAGCAACAACUUCCAACAUAUGCACAUUCAACUCCAACAGACUGAAGAUGUCUAUGCAUAAUUAUGGCAAUAUGAACAUGGGCAGAGAAAAUGAGGAGCAUGUCUAUGUCAACGAAGAAGCUAACAGUCAUGAUGUCAGGACAGGAAGACAGAUCUCCACAACACACCAAACACCUGGAAACUCAGGAGAUUCUGUGAGGAUCAGAAACUACAGAGCGGCUACAGUGUGUUCGGUGCUGCUGUGUGUUGUUCUGCUGACUGCGGUCAUAGUGCUGGGCACAAACUACAGACAAGAAGAGACACGACAGCUUACCAAGAUUAUCAAUCUCACAGAAGAGACACGACAGCUUCUAACCAAGUUUAUCAAUCUCACAGAAGAGACACGCCAGCUACAAUCUGACAACACCAACCUCAUAAAUGAGAGAGAUGUAUUAUUGUCGAAGAAUAAUGACCUGAUUAAAGAAAGAGACACAUUCAGACAAGUUUGUUUUAAAGAAUACAAUGGAUGGAUUUACAGUCACUCCAGUUUUUACUACUUUUCCUAUGAGAAGAAGAGCUGGAAUGAGAGCAGAAGAUACUGUACGGACAGAGGAGCAGAUCUGAUCAUCAUAAACAACGAAGAGGAACAUGAUUUUGUUCAGAAGACAAUUAUCAAUCGUUCUUUAUUCUGGAUUGGUCUGACUGACAUUGAUGAAGAGGGCACGUGGAAAUGGGUUGACGGCAGCACACUGACCUCUAGGUUUUGGAGGUCUAAUGAGCCCAAUGGAAAAAGAAGGGAAGACUGUGCUCUAUAUUAUUUUUCAAAGUGGUCUGAUUACCCAUGUGAUAAUGCUUAUCUUUGGAUCUGUGAGAAGAACAUUUUAAAGUGACUUGUUUUAUGAGAUGGAAGUUAAUGUAAUGUAAUAUCAUUAUGUUAUUGCCCUUUUUUUGUUUGAUUGUAUCAUAUGCUUGUUACUACACAUACUUAACCAAAGUAUUCAUGAAGUGUUUUGUUUUACUUAUUAAAUGUACCAGAAAAUGUUAUGUGAUGUGUGUUGUCUCAGUCCUCUGUGUCAAAAUUAAAGAUUAGAGAAGUGCAAACACCAGUCUAUUGUCAAAUUAAAGGUUG